AUGACUGCUUCUGAACAUCUAAAUGUUUUCAAGGGCCCUGAGUCGGUUCGCAACUAUUUCGAUCCUGAACAAUCACCACCUUUGCCCCUUGUUGAAAUCCCCGAUAGCCUCAACCCAUACCGUCAAGAUGGUGUCCGAAUCUAUGCUAAGAUGAUGACCAUGCACCCUGCAACAAAUGUCAAGGUGAUGCCAGCUAUGAACUUAUUAGAAAAGGGCGUGGAGCCCGGCAAGACAAAGACAAUAGUCGAGAGCAGCUCGGGUUCAACUGUCAUCUCAAUGGCCAUGGUUGCUCGCGCUUUUCACGGCAUUGACGACGUCCAUGCUUAUCUCAGCAACAAGACAAGUGAGACUAAGUUGCGCAUGAUGCAGUUCUUUGGCCUCAACGUGACUUUGUUCGGUGGACCUGCUCAGCCUACACCUGUUGAUGAGCGAGGUGGUAUCAGGGCUGCAGCUCGAAAGGACGCAGAAUCCGGGUCUGUGUGUAGUCCCAACCAAUACAUCAACGAUGAUAAUUGGAAAGCUCAUGUGCGAUGGACUGGCCCUCAGAUUCACCGUCAGCUCCCCGAGAUCAAUGUGAUUGCUGCGUCAAUGGGCACAGCUGGCACUAUGACCGGACUGGGUACCUAUUUCAAGCAAGCCAAGCCUUCUGUGUAUAGAAUUGCCGUAUGCACCAACGCUGGAGAGCGUGUCCCUGGCCCUCGAGAAUACUCGUUAAUGACUGAGGUUGAGUUCCCGUACCUCACAUCUCACGAUGCUCUUGAAGAGGUUGGCGCGCCAGACUCAUACUCCCUUUCAUUGGACCUUACUCGACAGGGUAUUGUCUGUGGCCCCUCAUCGGGCUUCACUUUGAAGGGAUUAUUCCAACGUAUUGAGAAGCACAAGCAGGAAAACACACUUUCAAAUCUCGCUGGCCCUGAUGGCGAGAUUCACUGUGUGUUUAUGUGUUGCGAUCUUCCCUUCCAAUACUUGAAUGAGUAUUUCCAGAACUUGGGCCCUGAGAAAUUCAGCCCUCUUCGCAAUGAGACUCAGCGUUUGAGGAACGUUGAUCUUUACCGAUACGACGAUGCCUGGGAGCUCGACUCUUUGACUGCUUUAUCUAACUACUUCACCAUUCACCCUCUGGGUACUCAUGACACCGUUUUGUCACUCGCAGAUCAAAUCGACAAGGCUUUGACACCUUCGGCCAAUACUCAGAUUCUAGAUUUCCGAUGCUCAUCGGACUAUGAUGCUUUCCAUCUCCCCAACUCAGUCAACAUGCCCCUCGAUGCGCUUCGAAAUGGACCUUCUAGUGGUAGUCCUUUCGCUGAUCCUGCCGAUGACUGCGCCAUGCUCGAGGAGCUCUGGCUAGAGCUUGAGAGCCUCUUCAAUAUCAAGGACAAGGCCGGCAACCGAAAUGCUAGCGCCGAGGCUCUCAUGUCUAUUCUUCGAGGAAAGAGGGUAUUGACACUGUGCUACGAUGGUGACAGCGCUCGUGUUGCCAACAGUGUCCUUCGUGCCAAGGGCGUUGAGGCAGAGUGCAUCCGUGGUGGCUACAGCGCUCUUGCCAAGUUGCAGAUGCCAUGUAAUGACACCUGCGAGGUUGUGUCUGUUCCCGUUUCUGUUGAGGUCUGA